AUGGCUUCUUUCAUCUUCGAAGCCCCCAGCGACGAAGAGCCAGAACUCUCAGAAUCCAACGAAGACAAUGAAGAAGCAGAAGAAGAAGGAGAUGAAAUUGAUUAUAGAUCAGAAGAUGAAGACGAGGAAACAAGUAAUACAGGAGACAGUAAACCAUUCUUUUCACCAUCUGAAGGAUCGUCGUUUCAUGCGAAUUCUUUCAUGGAGCUCAAUCUCUCGCGUCCUUUGCUUCGAGCUAGUGAAACAUUGGGUUACUCGAAGCCUACUCCUAUUCAGGCUGCAUGCAUACCCUUAGCAUUGACUGGACGCGAUAUAUGUGGGAUUGCAGUUACUGGUUCUGGGAAGACAGCUGCAUAUGCCUUACCUACACUAGAAAGGCUGUUUUUUCGUCCUAAAAGGGUUUCGGCUGCACAAGAGACAGCUUUGAGAUUAAUGCCUGACAUUGUUGUGGCUACUACUGGACGCAUGAUAGAUCAUUUACGCAAUACUAUGUCUGUGGAUUUGGAUGAUCUUGCAGUUUUGAUCCUUGAUGAGGCUGAUCAGCUUCUUGAGCUCGGAUUCAGGGCUGAAAUUCAUGAGUUGCUUCGUCUUUGUCCUAAAAGGAGACAGACUAUGCUGUUUUAUGCUACAAAGACUGAAGAAGUUGAUGAACUUGUCAAGCUUUCUUUGACCAGACCCUUACGUCUCUCAGCUGACCCAUUAUCUAAAUGGCCAUCAACAUUGACUGAGGAGGUUGUAAGGAUACGCUGGAUGCGUGAAGUAAAUCAAGAAGCUGUCUUUCUUUCACUGUGUAUGAAGACUUUCAAGUCCAAAGUGAUUAUCUUCAGGUUUUUUUACCAGUCAGUUUUAUGUCACCCUCACAUUAGUGGGCAAACCCUUAUUACUCUAGAAAUGCAUUCCAUCUCCUUUGGCGGUGGAACCAAGCAGGCUGCACAUAGAUUGAAGAUUUUAUUUCAGCUGGCUGGUCUUGAAGAAGCUGAGCUUCAUGGGGAUCUUACUCAAGUUCAGUGCCUUGAUGAACUUGAUAUAAUUGGUGUUGAGACGGUUAUUAAUUAUGCUUGUCCACGAGAUAUUACAAGGUUGUUCCAAGUUAUGUUCACCGAGUGGGUCGGACAGCAAGAGCUGGUAGAGAAGGAUAUGCUGUUACCUUUGUUUGACAAUGACCUAUCUCUAUUAAAAGCUAUUGCAAAGAGGUUAGGUUCUAAGUUAAAGAGUCGGAUUGUUAUGAUGCAGUCUAUUGCUAAGUGGUCUCAGAAAAUUGAUGAGAUGGAGGAGAAAGUCACUGAAGGAGGAGAGCUUCUGUUUUUAUAUUUUUCCAGGGCUGAGCGAGCCCUAAGAAAGGCUGAAAUGGAAGCUACAAAGGCUGAAAAUAUGAUUGCACACAAGGAUGAAAUUUAUGCACGGUCUAAAAGAACCUGGUUUAUCACUGAAAAGGAGAAAAAGCUUGUCGCAAAGGAAGCAAAGAAAAUUUUACCUCGGAAGAAACGUCGAAAAUUGGAAGCUGCCAGAGAAAUGUUGGAGGAUCAAAGUGAAAUUAAUGAAUCACAUGGUAAUGGAAACAAUAAGAAAGAGAAGGAAGGUAUAACUUUGGUUGACUUGGCUUAUCGGCGAGCAAAAGCAGAGAAAGCUGUGAAGAAGGCACAAGAUUCUGGCAAAAUUGUUAAGAAAUCCAAUAAAAUGACAAAGCAACCUAAACAAAGAAGUCAGUCAAGGACAGGAGAUGCAGGAAUUAUUUCAAAAUGA